AUGGGAGACGAGAUGCUUAGCGUGUUCUACAGUGGAGACAUUUUCACGAGGCACGGGAAGAUAAGUGCUAGGGAAGUUGCAAACCUAACGGCUAGCUUCGAUGAAAAGAGCGAAUUCCGCCUGUUUAGAGACUACUUUGGGUUGAUAAGACUCGUGCAGAAUGCGGCCGAGUUGGACAACACCGAACCCGGGUUUGACAGCUUGUACGAUUUUACUUACACCAAGAGAUCUCGCGUAGACAGCGUGGGUUCCGAUCACUCGCUAACGAGCUCAAGCUCCGGUGGCAACGCUGAAAUUGAACUAUUCGUGGAAACGCCGUCUAAAGCUCCAGGAACCUCGCUCGCGCCUGGCGCACCAACACGCGUUUCGAAGCGGAACGCCGAAAACAACAGCGAGGUAGCCAAUCGCAAUCGGAAGAACAGAGAAAGUAAGAAAAACAGAAACGCAAACGUGUGCGUUUUUUGCAGGAAUAACGGAGAGUCCAAGAAAGUGUAUUCGAGUCACGUUUUGAAAGAUGCUGAAGGGAACACAACAUGUCCGAUUCUUCGAGCGUAUACCUGCCCGCUCUGCAAAGCUUCCGGAAACGAGUCGCACACCAUCAAAUACUGUCCGAAGAACAAAAACACUACAAAACAACAGCAAAGUCAAACGACAGCAAGUCAGGGCUUGAACUGA